CCUGUCUCUUACGCAGUGCGUGAGCUUGAGCUUGAGGUUGUCUAACACGCGCAGUCUGCGAGGGUCGCCGCGGCGUUGCACAUAAAUUACCAACAACAUGUCCUCUCGCGAACACCUCGGCGAAGGGGAGGUCCGUGCCGGCGGGAGCAAGUCGGACAUGGCGCGUACACCGUCCUUUGUCCAGUUCACGCCGAAGAGCGCGAUGGCCUCGUUCGAAAACCUCGUCGCGCUGGCCAACUACGAGGAACAUCUACGAGAAGCGAGGAAGAUCGUGUGGCGUGACCGAGGAGAGCUGCCUGUAGAGUUAAGGGACCUGACAGAGUGCCUCAAGCAUGCAGGGAAGGGCGGGUUGCGAUCGGGCGCAUUAGCGUUCGCGAUUCGUGCGGGGGUGAAUUUGAUCUUAUUGAUGACGAGGAUCAAGAGAAUUCCCAAGAAUUAUCACUUUGCACUCAUUCGCCAUGCCGUCUUUGGCCUUGACUCCUUCCGUUUUGCUGCCAUGCUUGGGUCAUUCGUUACCAUCUACAAAUUCAUCCUCAACGCGCUCCCCAUCCUCCCUCAACCCCCUACACGGCGUACUAGUUCACUCGGCCGACGCUCACGCUCCCUCCUCCGAUCAGCUCCACCCCCAGAUUCUCCUUUCACUGAUGCCUCUGACGAGGAUGAUGACAUCGAAAUGGCGCGUCCGGAGGUGCGCCGCGGGUCGCGGCAUGCGCGGCUGUCGGUCAGCGCGCAGGCGCACCAAACAUGGGCACGGAAACGUACGCGGAGGUGGUACGCAGUGCUUGCGGGCACGGUCGCAGGUGGGGUAUCAAUCCUGUUCGAGAGAAGAGAGAGGAGGGUGGGGAUUGCACAGCAGAUGUUCGUGAGAGGUCUCCAAGGGUCGGUGAACGCAUUAUCAUCUAAGCAUGGCAUUCGGAUCCCUCAUGGAGAUGUACUUGUGUUCUCAUUAUGCUGCGGACAGAUCAUGUACGCAUGGUUUCUCCGUCCAGAAACACUGCCACGGUCGUAUGUCCAUUGGAUUGCUACAGCCAGCAGAGUUCAUCCAGAAACGCUUGCAAUCCAACGAGACCUUAUUGUACACGGGAGGUUUAACGUCAGGGACAUGGAGGCGUUGCUAGCAAAGGAAACGACUCCCGCCAACCGUUCCGACAUGCUCGCGCGUAUUGCACUUGCGACGGCACAGCCACCCUCCCAGUCCUUCGGGCCCCCAUUCGUCCCAUGCUCCGCGUUACACCCCUGGCUGGACUCAUGCCCACAGGUCCAGAUCGACCGCUUCUUCAAAGUCGUCCGAUGGAUGCUGCCAAUAUACGGCGCGCUACAUGUCAUCCCGAUGCUGCUGUUCCGACGGAACAGGGUAUGGAAGGAACCAGGGAAGAUGUUCCUGAGGGCGGGGUUCGGCACGGCGAGGAGCUCAGCAUUCCUCGGAGUGUUUGUGUUCAUCUAUCAAUCAUUCUUCUGUCUGAACCACAACAUGUACAACGACCUCACGGCACUUCGAGCUGUGCCCUCGCCCACGCUUCUCGCACGUCUGGCAAAGAUUCUCCCGCAGCCACUCGUCGACGCGCUCGUUGGGCGCAAGAGCUACUACGCGAUGGGCAUCCUCGCGGGCCUGUCGCUCUUCGUGGAGGACAAACGCCGGCGCGAGGAGCUCGCAAUGUAUGUACUGCCGAAGGGUAUGGAGAGCGCGUGGCUGACAGCAAGGGGGCGGGGGUGGGUCGGGAAGACGGGACAGUGGGGCGAGGUGUUGCUAACAGCAGUGAGCAUGGGCAUGGUGAUGAGCAUAUACCAAAACGAUCCGCAACACCUUUCUGGGCUCGUGCGGAGAAUCCUUUACCAGUUCGUCGGUCCGAAUUAGUCGAGCGAUGUGCUUGAUACCUUAUUUUGUGGCGGCUGUCGUCCCGUGUCCGAGCAUCCCAUCCCACUCACAUUACUUUUGUUCAUAAUGUACCUUUUUUUUUAGCAUCAAUGGUUUCUUAUAUGCGAGCUAUUAGCUACCCGUUAUAUGUAGCUUGUUCAUGUUUACACUGCCACGACACCUUAGGAUGUAUGAAAUGU